CCCCAUUUUACCUUUCUUAAUUUUCUAACAAAGAAUGUCUGUCCCUGUUGCUUUCAACGAUAUCGGCAAGUCUGCCAAGGAUCUCUUGUCCAAGGACUACCCCAUCGGUGGUGUCAAGCUCGAGGUCAAGACCACCGCCCCCAACGGUGUCACCUUCAAGGUUAACGGUCAGAGAGAUAACAAGACCGGUAUCAUCGUCGGUGAUCUCGAGACCAAGUACGCUGACAAGGCCAACGGUCUUGCUUUCACUGAGGCCUGGACCACCUCCAACCACCUCAACGGCAAGAUCGAGCUCGAGAACAACCUUGCUAAGGGUCUCAAGCUUGAGCUCUUGACCUCCCUCCUCCCCUCCGUCAACGAGAAGGCCGCCAAGAUCAACGCCACCUACAAGCAGCCCAACGUCCACACCGUUGCCACCCUCGAUGUCUUCAAGACCCACUUCAGCGUCAACUCCGUUGUUGGCCGUGAUGGUUUCCUUGUUGGUGGUGAGGUCGCCUACAGUGUUUUGGAUGGCAAGAUCAGCCGCUACAACGCUGCUGUCGGCUACACCGCCAAGGACUAUGGUGUCGCUGUCCAUGCCACCAACAACCUGUCUAACUUUGCUGCUUCCUACUACCACCGCGUAAACAGCGAUCUCGAGGCCUCCGGUAAGGCUUCCUGGGCCACCAACUCCACCAACGCCGUUGCCCUUGAGGUCGGUGCCAAGCUCAAGUUGGACAGCUCUGCCUUUGUCAAGGGUAAGAUCGCCAACUCUGGUGUUCUUGGUGUCUCCUACACCCAGGCUCUCCGCCCCGGUGUCAAGGUCAACCUCGGUGCCUCCAUCGACACCUCCCGUCUCAACGAGAACGCCCACAAGCUCGGUCUUGCUUUCACCUUCGAGAACUAAGUCUUGUAAACAAAAUGAAUCUAUUCUUAUUUUACACUUAAUAUCUUAUUUCUUUCUAUAUAUGUUGUAUCAAUAAAAACUAUAUAAAUAUAUAUAUAUAACCAUCUAUACUCU